AUGGGUCCACCGCGUGUUGGCCAGAACUUUGAAGCAGCCCCAAAUGCUAUGAACCUGCAGCGGGAGCAGUUGCCAGGGCGGCAGCUGGCCGACUUUCGGAGCCGCUACACCCGGAAGUGUGUCUAUAGUUUGGCAUCCCACCUGUGGGCGUCUGGAAAUGUAUCGUUCCAGGAAGGUCUCCAUGUUGCUGAGGAGGCAUUCAAAGAAGUACCAUGUGAUCCCUGA